UCAAAGAAAAUAUGAAGCUGAGUUUGUUUCUGCUGAUUCUUAUUGGUCAUUUUUGUCUCUUCACAUGUCAGCUCCAUGAGUAUCACUAUGUUGAUCAGAACAAGACUUGGGCUGAAGCUCAGCAGCACUGCAGGGACGAAUACACUGAUCUGGCUACAGUGAGCAGCAUGGCUGACAUAGAACGACUCAGAAACAUCAAUUCUGAGAAGAUAGAAAUCUGGAUUGGUCUGUUCAGCAUAACAGGCACCAACGCUACUUCACACUGGUCUCUGCCUGGACUGCAGUUCAAUGAAAGUCAGGCAAAGUGGAACACUAAUGAACCAAAUGGUAUAACAUCUGAGACCUGUGGGGCUAUAGAAGAUAUUAAAAAGAAAGAGUGGCUGGACAUGUCUUGUAUGGAUACAUCAAAUUUUCUCUGCUGUAAUGGAAGUUCUUCUCCUAAGUAUUACUUAGGAGAUAAAAUGACCUGGUUUGAUGCUCAGAGAUACUGCAGAAAGAAUCACACAGACCUGAUCAGUGGACCACAGCUGGAGGAGCUGCAGAAGCAUAAUGAUGUCACAGCAAACAUAAUACAAUUAUAUGAUAGAACAUCUGUUGUAAACUGGAACUCACUAUCAAGUUACAAAUACAUUUUUAUCGGACUGUUCAGAGACGCUUGGACCUGGUCAGAUGGCAGCAGUUUCUCUUUCAGGCACUGGAAUUUGAAAUACAACAGUUCAAGUGAAAAAAACAACUGCACCAUGGUGAACGAGGAUGGCAUGUGGGAAACCAGAGAAUGUAACAGCAAAAGAUCCUUCUUCUGUUACACAGAUCAUGUGAUCCUGAUCAAUGAGAGCAGGACCUGGGAGGAGGCCUUAUACUACUGCAGACAUUAUUACAAUGACCUGGUUACCAUCACUAACCUGGAUGAUCAGAGAUGGGUUCAGGAGAAAACCAAGAAUGCUACAACUCUUUUUGUGUGGACUGGACUGCGCUACACCUGCACUCUGGGGUUCUGGUUCUGGGUCAGUGACGAGGUGGUCCGCUACAAGAACUGGGCCUCACCUGAACAGGUUGGCUACGACUUCCUCCAGAUAAACCCCAACCCCGUCUGUGUUUCUUUGAAUCUGUCAGAGCUGCCUGCACGUAGCUGUUAGUGUUUGAAUGAGCUGUUGCAUAGUUUUUCAGUGUUGGAGUGGUUUUGUUCUAUUGUCAGCCCACUGAUUAGUUUUAUGUUUUUAUUCUUCCCCUGCUCCCUGUAAAAGUCCUUCAUAUUAAACUUAAAUGUACUCCUA